CACUCUAGAAUUUGACGCCCUGGAACAGACAACCGUCCAAGGAUGAUGGUGCCUUGAGCCAUCUUCCAAUGGGAUGGGCUCUCGCUCUGAUAUCUAUUGGCAAUGAGGAUGGAGACAGAAGUGGACAGAGGUUUCAACCUCAUAUCUCCAGAUGUUUGGCAACCUGUUGCGAUGCCCCAUUGCUCCCAUGAAUGAGGUGGCCCAGCCACGGAGGGCUGGUGAAAUUGAUUUUCUGCAUCUCCAGGAGGAUUUUGGACAAGAUGGACACUAAUUUCUGCUUGAAGCGGAAGGCGUAUUACUCACACCAUCCGAACCUGACCCAGUAUUUCAUCCCGGUGACCGAUGCUGAAUUCCGGGAGCGCCUGGAGCGACACCGAGGAGAGAUCGCCAUCAUGUUGAGAUCCUCGGAGUUCAAUCAAGACAAGACCACCCUGAUUGUGACUAACAACCCACUCCCUCUGCUCAUUUCCGGACGACAACUGGCCACGCCUUUCCAGUUCUUCCCAAAAGACUUUCUGAGGAAGGAGCUCCACUCCCUUCCUCCAGUGAAAGUGCCACAGCAGCAACUCGUGGGUCCGGUAGUAAAGCAGCUGCACAAAUCACCUAAAUUCAGGUUUGCCACCCGCAACGAUUUCAAGACCGAAGCUCACUUUUCAAAGAAUUACGAUGAGAAACACUUGCAGAAACUGUACCCCAACUUGCGGACUCACAUGAGACCCGACCUGCAGCCGAAGGAGCCACUUCCCUGCAUUCAAGGCUUUGCCGUCCCCUCGUCCCAGUGGGAGCCGCUCACCAUGUCGUGCCUGAUCGAGACGAAGCCCACCGUGACGGUGCCGGGAGAAGACGGCUUUCGAUACGGGAAAGCCCCGCUCUGGAUCGUGAACAGCUCCACGGUGCCCAGAAACGGCCAUUAAAAGCCCUGUGCCGGCA